AUGGGGCCGCGGGCGGCCGCGCUGCUGCCGGUGCCGGUGCCGCCCGGCGGGGGGGGGGCGGCCGCGCUGGGGGGGGCCCUGCUCGGGGCCGCGCUCCUCGGGGGGGUCCUGCUGGCGGCCGCCCGCGCACACCCGGACCCGGACCCCGAGCCCGAGCCGUGCCGGGCCUGCCGCGGCCUCGCUGACAGCUUCAGCAGGGGCCUGGAGAGGACGGAGCGCGAGGGCUUCGGUGGGGGCAACACGGCCUGGGAGGAGGAGAAGUUGGCCAAGUACCAGCACAGCGAGACCCGUCUGCUGGAGGUGCUGGAGGGCGUCUGUGGCCCCUCGGACUUCUCCUGCCACCAGCUGCUGGAGCGGAGCGAGGAGCACGUGGAGCAGUGGUGGUUCCACGAGCGGCAGCAGCACCCCGACUUCUUCCAAUGGCUGUGCAUGGACACGCUGGCGCUCUGCUGCCCGCCCGGCACCUACGGCCCCGACUGCCGGCCCUGCGCCGGUGGGCCCCGGCAGCCCUGCAGCGGCAACGGGCGAUGCGAUGGUGAUGGCACGCGCCGCGGCACCGGCCUCUGCGUCUGCAGCCCGGGCUAUGGCGGCCCCUUCUGCGCCGAGUGUGGUGACGGCUACUACGAGGCUUCACGGAACAAGAGCCACCUCGUGUGUGCCGAGUGCUACCGGGCGUGCGGGCGCUGCACGGGGCCGGAGGACUCCAGCUGCCUUCGCUGCAAGAGGGGCUGGGUGCUGCACGAGCACCGCUGCAUCGACAUCGAUGAGUGUGGCACGGAGAUGGCGCACUGCCGAGCCAACCAGUUCUGCGUCAACACCGAGGGCUCCUACGAGUGCCGAGACUGCUCCACGGCUUGCAUCGGCUGCAUGGGCGCUGGGCCGGCUCGCUGCAAGAAAUGCAACAAGGGCUAUUGGCGGGAUGGAGCCAAGUGCCUGGACGUGGACGAGUGCGCCAGCACCGAGGAGCCGGUGUGCACGGGCGCGCAGGAGGUGUGCGAGAACACGGAGGGCAGCUACCGCUGCGUCUGCGCCCGCGGCCACGUGCGCCGGGAUGGGCACUGCGUGGAGGACAACCCCCCCGAUGCGCCGGAGAAGGGGUUCUUUGACGACGUGACGGAGGACGAGGUGGUGGUGCUGCAGCAGAUGUUCUUUGGUGUGAUGAUCUGUGCCCUCGCCACGCUGGCUGCCAAGGGCGACAUGGUCUUCACCGCCAUCUUCAUUGGUGCCGUGGCCGCCAUGGCCGGCUACUGGCUGUCUGACCGCAGCGACCGCGUCCUCGAUGGCUUCAUGAAGGGCAGAUAGCUGUGGGGCUGUUGGGUGCAGGCCUAGGGUGGGGGGCACCCCCCCAGCAGGGGCUGGCUGCUGAGGCUGCAUCCUGUGCGCGGUGCUGUGCCCUGCAUGCGUCCCCCAGCCCCACAUUAGAGUAGGGUCUUGCCCCCCUUGCUGCGGGAUGAGCCGGGGGUACCUGGGGGUCCUGCACAGCCCGCUCUGGCCGGUGUGGUGAUGCCAGACAGUGUGGCACUGGGAUAGCGGGGGCACAGCAUGCUGCCCCCAGCCCCAUGGCGCUGGAGGGGGGCCCUGGCACCGUGGCAGGUAGGAUGGCAUGGGGCAGGCCAGGGGGUGCUCUGGCACUGCUGGGUGCCGGGGUGAUGAUGCUGCUGGCCCCAUGGGACUCUGUGUGUGUGUGUGUCCCCUCCCCGUGGGGCAGUGGUGGGGCUGAGCCAUGGGGCUGGGAGAUCUGCCCCCCCCAAACCCCUCAUCCCCACAUCCCUGGGCAGAGCCCAUCUCUCUCCCCUCCCAGGCUGGUGGGGCCGGGGGUCUGGGGUCCCCUCGCUGCUCACGGGGUGCUGUGCUGGCAGGGGGGGGACCCUGCCCUGUGCAUGAGCGUGGCCAUUGCAUUUGUCCGUGGUUUGUCCGUCGGGGUGUGCCCAUCUGUCCGUGUGUCCAUAUCUCAGGAAAUAAACCUCUGCACACCCA